AUGCAAAAUAGAAAUACUUUUUGGGGGGUAAAGGAACAGAUAACUCGAUCCAUCUUUGUAUCGAUCAUGAUAUAUGUAAUAACUCGGGCAUCUAUUUCAAAUGCAUAUCCCAUUUUUGCACAACAGGGUUAUGAAAAUCCACGAGAAGCAACUGGACGAAUUGUAUGUGCCAAUUGCCAUUUAGCUAGUAAGCCCGUGGAUAUUGAAGUUCCCCAAGCUGUGCUUCCUGAUACUGUAUUUGAAGCAGUUGUUCGAAUCCCUUAUGAUAUGCAACUGAAACAAGUUCUUGCUAAUGGUAAAAAAGGAGCUUUGAAUGUGGGGGCUGUUCUUAUUUUACCCGAAGGAUUCGAAUUGGCCCCUCCCGAUCGCAUUUCUCCUGAGGUGAAAGAAAAGAUGGGAAAUCUUUCUUUUCAGAAUUAUCGUCCCAAUAAAAAAAAUAUUCUUGUGAUAGGUCCCGCUCCUGGUCAGAAAUAUAGUGAAAUCGUCUUUCCUAUUCUUUCCCCCGACCCUGCUACGAAAAAAGACGUUCACUUUUUAAAAUAUCCUAUAUAUGUAGGUGGGAACAGAGGAAGGGGACAGAUUUAUCCUGAUGGAAGCAAAAGUAACAAUACAGUCUAUAAUGCUACAUCAGCAGGUAUAGUAAGCAAAAUAGUACGUAAAGAAAAGGGGGGAUAUGAAAUAACUAUAAUUGAUGCAUUGGACGGACAUCAGGUGGUUGAUAUUAUACCUCGAGGACCAGAACUUCUUGUUUCAGAGGGUGAAUCCAUCAAGCUUGAUCAACCAUUAACAAGUAAUCCAAAUGUGGGGGGCUUUGGUCAGGGAGAUGCAGAAAUAGUGCUUCAAGAUCCAUUACGCAUUCAAGGUCUUUUGUUCUUCUUGGCAUCUGUGAUUUUGGCACAAAUUUUUUUGGUUCUUAAAAAGAAACAAUUUGAAAAGGUUCAAUUGUACGAAAUGAAUUUCUAG